AUGAGUGGCAGUUUCUCUGAUAUCUUUGGGAAUUUGUUGGAGCGCUGUGAUAGGACUGAAAUGGAGCUUUUUGCUGUUACUACCCGACGCAUUUGGCUGCGAAGGAAUGCUGUGGUACAUGGAGAUUCUUUCCUCCAUCCCAACCAGCUCCUUCGUGAGGCACAAUGUGCUUUGGAUGAGUACCAUCGGGUGAAUGAGGGCAACUCAGCGCAAAGGAACCAUGACUUGGAACGGGCCAUUGUUAAGUGGCAACCCCCACCAGCAAACAUGGUGAAGAUGAACUGGGAUGCGGCGGUGAAUGUGAAGGAAAAGAGAGUUGGGCUGGGUCUCAUUGCAAGGGACUCGACUAGGGAUCCCAUUACAGCAGAAUCCAUGGCUGCUUUGCAUGCCGUCCUCUUUAGCAAAGAAAUGAGUUUUGGUAACGUUCUCUUCGAAGGUGAUGCCAUGCAAGUUAUCAAGAUGAUUGACUCAAAAGGGCCGUGUUUUAGUAGCUAUGGACAGUUCAUAGAAGGUAUAAAAUUAGAGCUACGUGGUGUAGAGAAUGCUAGAUUUUUACAUGUUUUGAGGGACGCCAAUAAUGCUGCGCAUGUGCUUGCAAAAUUGGCUAGCACCCAUGUCAUUUUCUCUACUUGGUUAGGGAAUACCCCAUCAAGUAUUGGUGACAUUGUAAGAAGGGAACAAUCUCUUCUUCAUGGGUGA